GACAUUUAUUUGUGAAAGACAAAAACAGUGGACACACAGAGGAUGGUGUAUUUUUGGAAGCCAACCAGCGGACCUCGGGACAAAGUGAAGUGACUACCGUAUGGUGAUUUAAACGUAGCUACGGUCACUGAUUGGACGCUCAAAAGCGAAGGCGAAAGCAGAUCUGGAUCAGCAGAUGGACGGAGCAAGUCGGGAACAAAACAAACCGUGUCACCGUGACUACAUGAGGGGCUGAAUCAUUCACAGGCUAACCAGACAGCAGACUCUUGAGUUAGGUUUUAACGUUACUUUAUGACAGUUAACACCCAGUAGUCAAUCUGUGGGGAAUUCGAGCCCUUAUAUUUUAUCUGCUACCAAGUGUAUUACAUGUUACCAUGGCGGUGUAGACUUACACAAGCGUUGUCCGCUAGACUAGCAAGUUAGCACGCUAAUGCUAGCCGUGGCUAACGUUCCCCUUAUUUGAACUGCUUGCGCUGCUGAGAGGCUAGCUUACACAAUGUACUGAGGGCUCCAAGACUGCAUUCACCUCCAUACAGCGUUUACUACGAGUAGCUCAUCAGUCGGGAGCGACCAGAAGAAUGUAAAGGCACAAUGGCUAACUUUGAAGCUUACCAGGAGUAUCAGAGAAUUGAGGACUUCGAGGAGGACUCACCACCAGGGGAGGAGGAUUUAAUAGUGCAUGUGCCAGAAGGCCUAAAAGACUCAUGGCACCAUAUCAAGAACCUGGAUAACUUCUUCACAAGGAUCUAUCAUUUCCAUCAAAAGAAUGGCUUUGCUUGUAUGAUGCUGUCCGAGUUCUUUGAACUUGUUCAGCUGUUGUUUGUUGUCAUAUUCACAACGUUCCUGGUCAACUGUGUGGAGUAUGACGUCCUGUUUGCCAACCGAGCGGUUAACCACACCGGCCCAGGCCACAAUCCGCUCGACAGGAACAAGGUCACUCUUCCAGAUGCCAUCCUACCCAGUGACCAGUGCACUCAGAGCAUUCAAGAGAACAGCUGGAUUAUUUUCCUCCUCAUCAUGGCAGCCAUCUUCUGGAUCUAUCGACUUGUCAAAGUCUUCUGCAAUGUUCUGAGCUACUGGGAGAUCAGGCAGUUCUACAUCAAAGCGCUGAAGAUCAGAAUGGAUGAACUAUGCAACGUCACAUGGCAGGAAGUCCAGGACCGGCUCAUCAGCCUGCAACGAGAGCAGCAAAUGUGCAUACAUAAGAAAGAGCUGACGGAGCUCGACAUCUAUCACCGCAUACUGCGAUUCAAGAACUACAUGGUGGCGAUGAUAAACAAAUCACUGCUGCCAGUGCAGCUGCAGCUCCCCCUGCUGGGCAACGUGGUGUUCCUCACCCAGGGCCUCAAGUACAACUUUGAGCUCAUCCUCUUCUGGGGUCCUGGCUCCCUGUUUCAGAAUAAGUGGAACCUGCACCCCAAGUAUAAGCGGAGUGGAAACCGGCUAGAGCUCGCACAGCAGCUCAGUAGAGUCAUCCUGCUGAUGGGUUUGGCCAACCUACUGCUAUGUCCCUUCAUCCUGGUGUGGCAGGUGCUCUACGCGUUCUUCAGCUACACCGAAAUAAUCCGCAGAGAACCCGGAAGCCUGGGAGCACGACGCUGGUCCCUGUACGGCCGCUUGUACCUGCGGCACUUCAACGAGCUGAACCACGAGCUGCACGGACGCUUAGGCCGUGGCUACAAACCCACUUCCAAAUACAUGAACUCCUUUACAUCACCACUGCUGACUGUGCUGGCGAAGAACGUUGCCUUCUUCUCAGGCUCAGUGUUGGCUGUGCUUAUUGCGCUGACGGUCUAUGAUGAGGACGUUCUGACAGUGCAGCACAUUCUGACCGCUAUCACUGUGCUGGGGGUGGUUAUCACCAUCACCAGGUCCUUCAUCCCAGAUGAGCAUAUGGUGUGGUGCCCAGAACAGCUGCUGCAGUGCAUGCUGGCACACAUUCACUACAUGCCAGACCACUGGAGGGGCAAUGCUAACAAGAGCGAGACCCGUGACGAGGUGGCGCAGCUGUUCCAGUACAAAGCGGUGUUCAUCUUGGAGGAGCUUCUCAGUCCAAUCGUCACACCCUUCAUUCUCAUCUUCCUCCUGAGAAAUAAGUCUCUAGAGAUCAUCGACUUCUUCAGGAACUUCACUGUGGAGGUGGUUGGUGUCGGAGACAUCUGCUCGUUUGCGCAGAUGGACAUCAGGCGUCACGGAAAUCCAACAUGGAUGUCAGAGGGCCAGACGGAGGCGUCCAUAUACCAACAGGCUGAAAACGGCAAGACAGAGCUGUCCCUCAUGCAUUUCACCAUUAAGAACCCGCGCUGGCAGCCGCCUCAGGAGAGCUCAGUGUUUAUCAGUCAUCUGAAGGACAAGGUGCAGCACGAUGCACAGAGCGGCCCCUCCACCCAGCUGCUGCUCUCUGAGGCUCCCCUCUGCACCUCGCUGCAGUCCAAUGAGUCUGCCACUGGGCCCGAUAAUCUGUUGGCGAGUGUCCUGGCCCACCCCAUUCUAACUGCGUCAGGACUACAAGGCCGAGACCAUCGCUUCAUCCCACCGAGCACUGCUGCUUCCGCUGCUGCCAGCGUCCUGGCCUCCCUGUCCUCCUCUCAGCUCGCACAUCCCGGCCGCAGCCGCACACACAGCCUCCUGCCCACAUCCGUCCACCCCGAGAGCACCAUGUACCGCAGCGAUCGCACCAUCAUUGACAGCAUGACUAACAGUGACUCUCGCAUCCGGAGCAACACACUGCAGUCAGAGUUUGCCUCAGCAGAGAUGAGUCUUCACGCCAUCUACCUGCAUGAGCUCCACCAGCAGAGCUCCCAUCCACAGAGAACUUCAGGGCAGUGGCAGAGUCCAGUGCCAAUGAGAGAUCUGCACACAAACGCUGGUUUCCAGGCACAGAGUGGCCUUGGCACUAGCAUUUCCAUGCCCACCCCUGUCCACCUUGGACGCUGGCAGGAGGAGGAGGAGGAAGAGGAGGAUGAAGACGAUCAGGAGAUAAACAGUGGAUCUACUCCAAAGCAGGGCACUGGGAGUAGUUGUUAAAGUGCCUUAUGUCAUAAGAGUGUUUACAUUUUAUUUUCUUCUAUGAACAUUGUGGCCUUAGAUGAUCUUCAUGGAGAAUAUAGCAUGGACCUUUAAAAACUUCAUUCAGCUUUUGUUGUAGGAGAGGCUCAUUGAAUAACCACUGUCUCCGCACCUCCACGCCUCAUCCUGUCACAUCAGGCAGACUAUGGCAUCAGGGAAACCAUACGUCUUCCGUCCGUUUCGUCCCGAUUUUGUCACUAACUUGUACGGACAAAGGGCGUGAAAAGUGACAGAGAGACAAUAUAGUGUAUUCAUUGGAUCACUGUGUGAUGGUGGGUGCGGCCAAUUUUUAUUGUGGAAUACAAAAGGCUCAUAGUGGCUUCUGCUGAGCCUGCGUGUGCACAAUUCUUGUAUUUGUGCAUCACAAAGUUUUACAGCACGAGUCUAAUUGAAGUUUCGCACAGAGUGGUGUCUUGAUCUGUGUUACAAAGACUGCAAACUGUAUUGUAGCUGCCUGAACAAUUUUUGAUCACCUGAAAAAAAAAAGAAAAGAAGUCAAUAAUUCACAUUGUGCUGUUUGACCCUGGUGAUGUGUAAAUACACUUUUGCGUCUUACUUAUCCUUUUAAAAGUCCUCAUUUUUACUACCAGAUCUAAUCCUUGAAAAUGAUACCAAGUAUUGACUGUACAGUAGCCGUACUUCUAAAACACCAUGUGUACAUGGCAGAGAGCCCUAUUGGGUUUGACAGAACAUGUCUAUACACAUGCUUUGAUGCUGCUGUCUGUGUUUAGUGGUCCUAAAUACAGAUUUUAUUCAGUAUUAAGAGUUCUGAAGCUGAUGUAACAAGACAUUACUGUUCCUUUAAAAACACAACACAAAUCAUCGGGCCCAAAUACACUUGGCGUCAAAAUCUGAUGCAGAUAUGAGAUGUCUUUUUAAGUCUAUUCAAGCUGAACCGUCAGCUUUAUGCCUUAACACCGAAAUAAGACAUAUGUAUUUAAAUCCUGUAUGACCUCAGUGGUGAAGAAAAACUAAUACUCCAACCAAUACCUCUGCAGUGUAUUUACUUUUAUGUAAAUAUAUAUAUAUAUAUAUAUAUAUAUAUAUAUAUAUAUAUAUAUAUAUAUAUACACACACACACAUUCACAUGUAUAUAUAUGUAUAUACAUACAGUACAUAAAAGAGUAUUUGUAGCGUACAGAUGCAUCUUUUAACUGCAUUUUGAUUUUAAUGGCAGGUGUAAAUGGAAUCUGUUUAUUUUCUGAUCUUAUUUCUUGCCCAGAAGAUGUUUUGUGUAAAGCAUCCAUAUCCCAGUUUUAAAGAACAAACAGGGUGGUAUUGCUUUUACAAAUCUUUUAUUAUGCACAUGAACAUGUAGUUUGUGUCCCUUUGUCCAAAUUGCUCACAUGAAAAUGGAGCCUCGUCAUAAAGGGCUGAUUUUAGUUUAGACUUUCCACAGUGAGCAUAAAAUCUUAGCUGUAGGUUUAUUUAUUUGCUGUCCUCCCCCCAGAUAUUUAAUUGAUAUAUGAGUAUAAUUUAUUUGAAAAGAAAUUAUUUAGAUUCUUUUGCCAAAUCAUUUUCUACCACAAAAGAGUAUAAUCUUCUUAAAGGAGAUAUAGAUAUAGGAGAUGUUGCAUGUACGCCCCCACUGAAAGAAGGUUUUGAUUUUGAAAUUCUGAAAAAAAGGAUUUAUAAAUGCAAAGAAAACAAGGCCAGCAGCAUGAUGUUGAAUGUGAUUUACACUUAAUCUCGGACUAAAUCUGCUUGUCGAUGCAGUGUUCAAAAUAUCUUUCUACUCUUUUCUUUAUUGCAUUCUACAUAGAUCAUAGUAAUAUAGAUCUCAUCCUCCAACACUUCAGAGGGUGCAAAUGUGUUGUUCCACCUCGCGUGUGCUUCGAAACUAUUACACUUUUUCGUUUGUGUGUGUGUGUGUCCGUGGAAGGAAUGCGUUUUGACACCUGCGUAAUUAUGCUAACAUGAACUCAGAAUUUUUGCACUGACAGAAAAUAAACAUUUUUUUUAAGAUGUGUGCAUAUAUAUACAGUACUUGCAAAAGUUGAUUUUUUUUUUUAGAAAGGGCAGGUCUCAAAAAGGGACGCUGAGUCAGUCUCCAUCCUCCUCUCGUUGUUUGUAUAUAAGCAAAGCAUCAGCAUGUGUUGUCACUGUCCACAGCAGACCACCUGGAACCACUGUGGCCAGAUCACAUAGGGUCGUUCUUCUUACCUCUGGUCAGUUAAAAAAAAAAAGAAAGAAAGUGUGUUUCUGUCACACCAUUAAAUAUGCUUACAUGCGUAUUGUGGUCACUGUCCAUUUGUGCAGUGAGUUUAUCGUUGUAGAGACACUGGAGCUCAGCUUUGUGCGCAGAGUUGAUUCCUUUUGACGGUCUCCACAGUCACACCUCACUGCUAUGUUUGUCGUUUUGUUUUAAGCAGUGCCUUAGUGUUAAGGUUUAGUGUUUUGCUCUGAAUAGAAGCCAUUUCAUGUAAACUAUUGCAUUUACUUUCACAGAUUUAGCAGCACACAUAUGUACAGUAUUUUAUUUUGGAAAGUCAUUGUGUAUAGCAUCAAGUAUGUGGUGAUGUGGCUCUUAGAAUGAGUUCUCCUGUCAGUCUGUCUAUGUGUCUGACAGCGCACGUCUUCUUAUCAUGGUGUUUAAAAUUGCACUGUCCUCAAUAUCCUACAGCAGCAGGAGUUAUGCCUUGUAAUUGGCAGUGUCAUCAUGGCCAACCCCUCUCACCGUACUAUGGUUUCAUUAUCCACUAUAAACCAGUCGAAGAAUCACAGUGACUGGAACAAGGUGCUAAGUUUUCAUCCUGAAAUGUUGAACAUGUUUUAAGAGGUGUUUUUUUCUUUUUGUUACAUAGGUUUGUCUGUUUGUUUUUAUUCCGUAAAUUAAGAGACACUAGCUGAAAAAUGAAACAUGCCAAAAGAACUUGUUUUCGGCACAGCUUUACAAUACAUGUGUUGUUUUUCUGUGAGUGAGUAGAGAGGCAAAUAAAUCUUAUUUUGAGUGUAUUUAAUCAUUUCAUGUGUGGUUGAUUAUGUGAUGUUCAUUUGAAAUAAAAAAUCUAUUUUAA